CCACUCAGUCAAACAAGGAAGGCUUUGCUAAGUUAGGAGACAAGCAGCAUGUUUUCUUCCUCUACACUAAAACUUAUAGAGGUGACGAACAUGGUAAAUCUGAAUCUAGAGAGAUUAUUUCAUGGCACAAACACACAUUCUACUUCACUGCACAGAAAGAUUCAGCCAAUUUGACAGUGGGGAGCAUGGAUGAGAAGACUGGGGUAUUUAUUGAUCACUUGACACUGGAACAUGUGGAAAAGAAACAGAACAGAACAAAUGGGACAGAUGUUCAGGCCCAUGUGGUGUACCUUCAUGAGUGGGGCUCCAUUCAUGGCUUUUGGAACUUUGUGGAGGAUGUCAGUCCUAUCACUGAAUACAUGUGGGCCAUAGGUUAUACACAAGGAGGGACACAGCUACAAGGCUUUAAGAGUGUGGGCCUCAGUAACUUUGCCUACAAUUCAACUGUGACCUUGGUCCAUAAUUCCUACAUCUAUGUGACAGCUCUAGCCAUCAAUGCAGUGGGUUUACGGGGAAUAGCGUACUCAGAUAAAAUUCUGGUGGAUCUGACUCCACCUGAUAUUGUGGGGGUCUACGAUGGAAGGCUUAGAAAUGAGGACCAGAGUGCCUGGACUGAUGCUGAGGUGGCAGUUAACUGGGACGUUAAUGAUCCAGAAUCAGGAAUAGCAUACUGUGAAUGGGCCAUCGGUACCCAACCCCAGGGAGUGGAGUUGCAGGUCUUUGUAAAAGUUUCUAGUGGUGCCACAUCAGCCUUCAGAGACUUUGAUUAUAGUGUGCUACAGGGAAAAACUAUCUACACAAGUCUACGAUGUGAAAACAAUGCUGGUCUUCUCAGCUCUAAAUCUUCUAAUGGAGUAAAGAUAUCGAACCAGCCUCCCUCUGUGACUAGCGCUGUAGUGGAGUCUGUCCCCCAGUCUGUCACAGAGUACCAGGCCAGGGCCAGCUAUCAGAGUGUCACAGAUAACAUCAGACUCAGGUGGACUGGAUUCACGGACCAUAUCGGGGUUGAACAGUACAAGGUAUCUAUCCAAGAAAACAACUUCAAUUUGGUGGAGAAGAUGCCAUUCCCAGAAGGACAAAAUAUUAUGUUUACCAGUGUGAACAAUCUGGCCUUGACCUCGAGUCAGAUCAAUGUCACGACCCAGGCCUUCAGUGAGCUGCUCCUCAUCAGUGACAAGGUCAAGUCAGACAUCACAGUAUUUACUGACAAACCAGUCAAACAUGCUACAAACCAGAUGACAAUCACUUGGAGUGCAGGGAAUAAACAGUUUACAGUCUCCUGGGAUGGAAUCUUCAGCUCUCCACACCCUCUGUUUUACGAGGUAUCAGCUGGCAAGGUGAUUGGUGGAGGAGAGAUCGUCCAAUGGCAGGAGACGACACAGACUAGUAUCACAUUUGGCCUACCCCCGGCCAUCACCAGCUGGUCUCGUCUGAAGGUGUACGUUAUGGUGAGGGCCGUAGCCGCGGGAGGAAAAUAUGAGGACUCAGUGGGGGAUAUAACGUUACCUCCAUAAAGUCUUCAUUGACAGUAUCAGAACAUGGAUUAUUUAUCAAUUACAACAAUCAUUCUUAUA